AUGCGUGAUGGAUGUCCUAACGAUCUUGAAAUGGUACAUCCUGUAAAGCAGGCUUAUUUAAUCGAAAGGAAGUUUCUGCACCGGUCGUGCCUUGAGUCUUUAUUCAGCAGUAUGAACGGAUCGUCACUCCUGGUGUGGCUAAGUAUCAUAGGCUAUGUCGUGGCAACGAAACGAGCAAUGUACGGGGAGUGUGUGAAGACAUGUGGCUUUGAACUUCCACUACGUGUAAUGUUCAUGGACAGACAUUGUAUCAGGGAUGACGAUAAUUGUUCAUACUGCAAGUACUAUGGCUGUCCUCCGGUGGAGUGUUUCUCUAAGGGCAAGAAGGUGGUUCCCGAAAUCACUCCAGACGGCCGAUGUAUGGCAUGCAAAGGUCGAUGUGUGUACGGCGGGGAGGUGUUCAAGAAGGGAGACAAAUUCAUGGCUGUUGAUGACCUAAACACUUGUAAAUGUCAAAAUCAAGGCCGCGUCCUGUGUACCAUGAAGAGAAAAAAACCUUCCAUCAGCGGAUUCUGUGAUAUUUAA